AAUUAUAUGGAUUAUUUAUCACGACUAUAUGAAAGGGAAAUAAAAGAUUUCUUUGAAGUUGCGAAGAUUAAGAUGACGGGCACAACCAGAGAAGGAAAAAAAUUUGCUACACUGCCUCGAAAAGAAAGUGCUGUCAAACAGGAAACUGAGAGUCUUCAUGGAAGUUCUGGAAAACUGACUGGAUCUACCUCUAGCCUAAAUAAACUCUCUGUUCAGAGUUCAGGAAACCGUAGGUCUCAGUCAUCCUCACUGUUGGAUAUGGGAAACAUGUCUGCCUCUGACCUUGAUGUGGCUGACAGAACAAAAUUUGAUAAGAUUUUCGAGCAAGUAUUAAGUGAACUAGAGCCUCUGUGUCUGGCAGAACAGGACUUCAUUAGUAAAUUUUUUAAACUACAGCAACAUCAGAGCAUCUCGGGAACAACAAUGAAUGAAGCAGAGGAAAUGGAUGGAGGAACGUUAUUUCGUUCAUAUAGUUCUGGUGUUCCACAAACAGUAUCAUCUGAGAAGGACAUGAUCCGACAAAUGAUGACAAAAAUAUUCCGUUGUAUUGAACCUGAGCUGAAUAAUCUUAUAGCGCUGGGGGACAAGAUUGAUAGCUUUAAUUCCCUUUAUAUGUUAGUUAAAAUGAGUCAUCAUGUAUGGACAGCACAAAAUGUGGACCCAGCUUCCUUUCUCAGCACAACACUUGGAAAUGUUUUGGUGACUGUCAAAAGGAACUUUGAUAAAUGCAUUAGUAAUCAAAUGAAGCAGAUGGACGAAGUAAAAAUCUCAAAGAAGAGUAAAGUCGGCAUCCUUCCAUUUGUUGCUGAAUUUGAAGAGUUUGCAGCCCUCGCUGAAUCAAUUUUCAAAAAUGCAGAACGACGAGGAGAUCUAGAUAAAGCCUACAUAAAACUUAUUAGAGCUGUCUUUGUCAGUGUUGAGAAAGUAGCUAAUGAAAGCCAGAAAACACCCAGAGAUGUGGUCAUGAUGGAAAACUUCCAUCACAUUUUUGCAACACUUUCUCGCUUGAAAAUUUCUUGUCUUGAGGCUGAGAAAAAAGAAGCCAAACAGAAGUACACUGAUCAUCUUCAGUCUUAUGUCAUCUACUCACUUGGACAGCCUCUUGAGAAAUUAAAUCAUUUUUUUGAAGGUGUUGAAGCUCGUGUGGCACAAGGCAUACGAGAAGAGGAAGUAAGUUAUCAACUGGCUUUUAAUAAACAAGAGCUUCGUAAAGUUAUAAAGGAAUAUCCUGGUAAGGAAGUGAAGAAGGGAUUAGAUAAUCUCUACAAGAAGGUAGAUAAACAUCUCUGUGAAGAAGAAAACUUACUUCAGGUUGUGUGGCAUUCCAUGCAAGAUGAGUUUAUACGACAAUACAAGCACUUUGAAGGGCUGAUAGCUCGCUGCUAUCCUGGAUCAGGAAUUACUAUGGAAUUUACUAUACAGGAUAUUUUAGACUACUGCUCCAGUAUUGCACAGUCUCAU